CACACACACACACACACACACACACACACACAAGCAACGUUUCCGAGACCAGUUAUUUUUAUCUCCAUCCCUUCCAAUGGCACACGAAUGACCUCUCUCUAUCACCCCCGCGCGUUGGUAGAGUCCAGAUCAGAACAUCAUGGCGAUUGAUGGAGGGGGGAGGAACUGUGGUGUCCAUGAGCUCAUCUGUGCUAGAAGAGUUUCUCCCGAGGUGCUUGGCGCGUUGUCCUCCCUCGUGGCCUUUGCGGUGCUGAUGCUGAUCUUUUUCGUCUACCUCAGCAACAAGCUGUCAGCGCAGAGUGCCUCCAGCCUCCCUGUUCUGGACAGCCCCACAGGGGACCAACAAGCAGGGGGCGUGUCAGACAGCGAGGAGGACCGGGAUCCCGAGGCCCAGAUCCCACAGAAGCCGGUGUCGGCCUGGGACAACAAACCCAAACAGUCGGCCGACCAGGAGGGUUACAGCAGCGAGGCCUCGAGUGGUCACGCCAACCGCAUCCAGAGGAUCAAGCGCGAGUCUCCGCUCAACGAGCUCCAGCCGCCGCCGUACCAGAACACGCCGGAGCGCCUCUCCCACUCGGGCUCACGCACACGCUCGGGGCGUGGCGGUCGGACGGGUGGCGGGGGGAGGGGCUCGUCCCCGGAGCGCUGCUCCAGCGAGGCCAGCGUGGACCAGGACACGGAGAGCUACCUCAACAAGGGCUAUGACGAGGACUUGCCCAGCGACAGCACCGCCGUGCUGGGCCCCGAGGACGGCUCCGGGCCCCGGCUCCCCGCCCUCUACGAGCCCGAGCCGCUGGCCAAGUACGGCACGCUGGACGUGGCCUUCGAGUACGACGCGGGCCAGCAGUGGCUGGCCGUCACCGUCACGGCCGCCACCGACAUCCCGCCGCCGCGGCAGGCGGGCAACGUGGCGUGGCAGGUGCACCUGGUGCUGCUGCCCACCAAGAAGCAGCGGGCCAAGACGGGCGUGCAGCGGGGGCCCUGCCCCGUGUUCACCGAGACCUUCAAGUUCAGCCGGCUGACGGCCGAGGCGCUGGUGGACCACGCCGUGCGCUUCCGCCUCUACAGCGUGCAGCGCAUGAAGAAGGAGCGCGUGCUCGGCGAGAAGGUGUUCUACCUGACCAAGCUCAACCUGCAGGGCAAGAUGGCGCUGCCCGUCACGCUGGAGCCCGGCUCCGAACUCACGGGCUGCGGCUCUCUGGUGAGCGUUUCGCGCUCCGCCGGUGCGCUGUCCUACCGCUCCACGGGGGAGUCCUGCGCCCCCGAGAUCCUGCUGGGGCUGAUCUACAACGCGUCCACGGGCCGCCUGUCGGCCGAGGUCAUCCAGGGCAGCCAUUUUAAGACCGCCGUCUCCGACAAGCCCACAGACGGCCUGUUUUGUUGUAUAAAGCACGUCGUAGGAGGGCAGCUCUAUGUCAUGAGAGACACCUACGUCAAGCUGGUCAUGCUGGACUCCAAGGGCAAGGAGAUGUCCAAGUGCAAGACUGGGGUGUGCCGCGGCCAGCCCAACCCCACCUACAAGGAGAGCUUCGUGUUCCAGGUGGCCCUGUUCCAGCUGUCGGAGGUGUCGCUGGUGGUGUCGGUGUUCUGCCGGCGCAGCAGCCUGCGGCCGCGGGAGCAGCUGGGCUGGGUGUCCCUGGGCCUCAACAGCACCGGGGAGGAGCAGCAGGCCCACUGGAGCCAGAUGAAGGAGGCCGAGGGCCAGCAGGUCUGCCACUGGCACGUCCUCACCGACACAUAGUGGGGGGGGGGGGUCAUGGGUGGAGCUGGAAGUACCUUUGAGUCCGCAGGGAUGGACGUGUGUUGUUGUGAGUGUGAGGGGGGGGU